AUGCCGGGCCUCCGGGAGCGCGGCACCCCCCAGAGGCUGCGCGUGGGCCUGGCCUGUGUCCUGUGCCUCUGGAACACAGUGGCUGCUGUGAAAGGAGAAUCCAAGAAGGAAACAGUCCCAGCCUUCCCACUGACGACAGGGUCCGGGAAUGAGGACGCCGAGAAGGAAAAGGCCCGGGCUCUCCUGGCUGCGACAGGAAGCACUUCUCUUGCAGAGCUGCCUGCGAGGGCGGUGGACCUGUCCUCCCUGAACCUGACGGAGCUGGUGAACGACAUGCUGAACAGAGCCUUAAAAGAUAGUAGGAAGUUCUUCUCCUUGCUCAGCAUCACGUCCUACAGCUCCUUCGCCUUCCACAAGCUGUCCGUGGCUGUGUACAACAUCUCCAACCUGAAGACGGUGGACCAGGCCAAGUUCCCCACGCGGUACUGCUACUGCUUAAGCAAUCGGACCAAUGACCUGUCAGAUUUCACAGCCCUCCUGGUGGACAUCAUUGGGAAUUCCACCAGCUACCUCACAGAGAUUUUUAAGUCCACCUCUAUCCUCUCAGUGAGCCAGACCAACGCGUCCGACUGCAUCUUCAUCUGCGUGAUGACGGGGAAGGCAGGACGGAACCUUUCGGACUUCUGGGAGCUGGCGGAGAAAUCUCCGGUCAUCACUUACACCUUCACCAGCAGCCUGGCCGCUGCUCCGGCCCGGGGCACCAGCUUGUCCGCUCUGAGCGCCUCUCCCUGGGCCGAGGUGCCUGAGCCUUCGGAGCGAGAGCAGGCGGUGACCACAGUCAGGCUUUCUGAGCUCCUCGCCAAGGCCACGGCCACGGCCACAGCCAAACCGGGCAGCGUCUCUCCCGCCCUCCCAGGCUCAGCGACCAGGAGGGCGGCCGGCACUCCAUGGGUGACAGACGGCGGGCUGGCCUGGGCAUCCACACAGCCUGUGCCCCGGGCUCCGACCACCGGCGAGGACACCCCUGGAGGGCCGCCCUGGGAAGCGCGCUCCUCCGCAGCGACGUCGCCCGCAGAGGCCAAGGUCACAGGGACCACGGGGACCACAGGGACCACGGGGAGCCUUUGGGAGCCUCCUGCCGGGACACGCGGCAGCCCUUCCCGGACCAGCCUGGCCUCGGGAACACCCACCCCCGGCACACAGACUUCCAGUCCAACCAAGGCCCCAGCCCCCCGGUACCCACACACAGAUGAUAAUCUGCGGCCAUUCCCCGCUGGAGAGGAGCUGGCCCCGGGACCCCACCGCGUUCACGUCUCCAAUCUGUCGCAGCAGCUUUAUGGUCAAUGGGGAAGGACGCCAGGCCUCCCUGUCUUUCUCAGCCUCCAGAGGUCAGGGCAGGGCCACCGCCAUGGAGCUCAGAGUCUCACAAAGGGAGCCCCUGAGGACAUUCUUGUUGACUCGACUGGUCUGGGGUUGUGUCUUCCAGGGUGUCCUCAGCAGGUCCUCAGAGACGGGCCUGUGACAGCGGGGCCCCUCCCCGGGGCCGCCCACAAGCUCACCCCCUGCCUGAUGGAGCUGUGCUGGUUUUUCCAGCAGUGCCUCUGCGCGAGCCCAAGGAGGGACCCCAGGACAGAAGCUAUGAGGUCCUGUCUUGAGUACUAUUCCUGGUUCCUGAAGAAUGCAACCCACAUCUGCCAGAAGGCAAAGAGGCUGUCCCACUCGCACACCUUAAAACAAAGAUGUCUGGAGCACAUCUGCAAGUCUGUGUGAGGCCCUGAGAGGACAGUGGGACCUGACCAUCACCCAGCCACACCUCUCCCCCCGCCCCUGGCCCACAUGGGCUGCAUUGUCAGGACUCACCCCGGCCUCAGCUGGACCAGCGGUGGGGAACCUUUUCCGGCCCAGGGCCGCUCGGAUGUGGGUUGCCUCAUUGGAGGGCCAUACACAAUCGACAGUUUAUAAAUUAGCCUGCUGUACUGGUCAAGCAUUUCAUUGGCU